AUGUUGUCAGAGCGGGAAUUCUUGGCUCGCCUUCCUAGGCCCGUGAGUCAUUUCCUAGGCUACCGCGCAGAGGCACCAAAGCCACCUGCAAAGUAUCUGGUUCACUUCUGGUCAUUCAUCGCUGCCUUUGCGGGUCUCUGCACAGUGCAGGCCAUCUUCAAUUACUCGAAAUACUUCACUGACCGCGGUGUGCCUGGCCUGAUUGCCUCCUAUGGCGCAUCAGCUGUACUGGUGUACGGUGCACUCGAAAGCCCGCUCGCUCAACCCCGCGCUCUCAUUUUUGGUCAUUUCCUGAGUGCCCUGGUUGGCAUUUGUGUGACCAAACUGUUCAGCUUGAUGCCAAAUGAAGCGCGUUUCAACUCUUUGCGCUGGCUGGCAGGCGCCCUCUCAUCUGCAAUUGCAAUUGUUGUAAUGCAGAUCACGGAGACAACCCACCCGCCUGCUGGUGCCACUGCUCUUUUGCCUGCCCUUGACGAUGCGGUGUGGGAUAUCUCCUGGUAUUACCUUCCAGUGGUACUCCUUUCCUCGACAAUGAUCCUCGCCGUCGCCUUAGUCGUCAACAACAUCCAGCGCCGCUACCCUGUGUUCUGGAUUAGUCCACCAAAGCCUCAGCCCACCCUCCCUCAGCCUAAUGGGAAAUAG